UUUGAUCAUUCAUCCUUAUUAUGAGCAGCAGAGAGUAAAAACUGUUUCAGUUGUGCGUAAAUAGAACUCCGAAAAAAUAACAACAAUGGACUUAGCAUCAAUGGAAAAUUGCUGCCGAAUAUGUUUAGGUAUAGAAAAAACGUUUUUGUCGUUGAAAACCGAGGUGGAGUCCGAAGGAGUCAUGGUUACGUGCAUGGAUAUGUACAGCAGCAUUACUGCGAUAGAGGAACAUUAUGAAAACAUAAUUUCCAAUAAAGUUUGUAUCUCGUGCUUUUCUGAGCUGAACAAUUACUACCGGUUUAAGAAAAAAGCUCUCGAAUCGUUUAAUACACUUUUACAAGCUUAUCGUACAUUUCGUCACGAUGUCUCUUUGGCCAACGAUGAUAUAUCAGAGGAAAUAUUAAAUAAAUAUCCUCUCUCUCUAGAUAUAUGUGUUGAAAAUGAAGAUUAUGAUUCUCGCGAAAAAAUUGAACACAGGCAGGACAUCCCAGGUUCCAUAGAAAAUGAUGCCAGUAAUGAUUGUGGAAUCGAAAUACAGAAGGAAGACAAAUCAGAACGAAUAAACCAAACUACAGAUGUAUAUGACGAGGAAUUUCUAGAGAUGGAGUGUACUGAUACUAAAGUUCAGGAUCAAUUAAUCGUGCACGUCGCUGAUGAAAUUCUGGACGUUAUUGAAUUUAGCGAUCACGAACCAAAUCCGCAAAUUGGCCAAGAAAACGAACAAAAUCUUACGACCCAGGUAGUCAAGUGCAUGGUUUGUUCGAAACAAUUAAAAUCUCAAGCGGAACUGGAUAGUCACUUCGUAGCAGAACAUUGUCAACAGGAACCGGAUGGGGGACACUUUAUUUGCCCUGUGUGCAACAAACGCUUCGGAACGAGGAAAACACUUCGCCAGCAUUGCCGAAUUCACCAGGAUCGCGAAUUGCGUAGAUUCCGUUGUCGUUACUGCGAUAAAUCGUUCAAUUAUAGCCAUCACCUGAAAAUCCAUGAGACAACUCAUACAAUGGAAAAGCCUUUUUCAUGCAGUUCAUGCACAAAACAAUUCGCAUCAAAGGAUCGACUUAGAAAUCAUGAGUUGCAGCAUGUCGAUAGUUUUAGAUACAAAUGUGAGUCGUGUUCCAGUUCGUUCCGAAGUAGAAAAGCACUCAAGAUGCACGCAAUUCUUAAACACGAUGCAGCUGUUGAUAAGUUCGAACCAGUCGAAUGUGGGAAUUGUGGAAAAGGCUUAUAUUCACAGUCUGCUGCCAGUGCCCAUCUUAAGGGACCGUGUGGAAGUAACUCAACAGAAGCAAAUAAGGUCACUUGAAAAUAUAUGAAUAAAAAUAUUGA